AUUGUAAGGCUAUUAGCAAUAUGUAUUAUUCGUAUAUAUUGGAAGGAAUUUACAGACUUCAAAAGAAGAUUAUCAAAUAUUACUCGCUGACAUAGCAUUUUAACUUAUUAUUAUCAUUAUCAUUAGUAAUCAAAUCUUUUGUAAGGCUUUGCGAAUAAUUAUCUCACCGAUUUAAUCUUUUUUAAUACGAUUACACAAUACUAUCGAAUUCGUAUGCCGUGUUUAUAGAUACAAAGUGUUUGGUAAUCUACGCCUGUAUACACAUACAUUCAUACACACUCACACACACAUAGAUGCAUAUACAUAACAUGAUUAGGACACAUUAGGUACUUUAGAGAAAUAUAUUAUAGAAGCGAUCACAUAAUGUAUGUAUGUAUGUAUGUAUGUAUUAUAAUGUAUGUACCUGUGCGUGUGUACGACGUAUGUUGCAUGCAUGUAUCACAGGCGUUUUAUAGUAGAGACUGCUAGAAGGAGCAAUUGGCAUUGGAAAAAAAAGAUAAAAAACAAGCCAGCAAAAAACCUUUGUGUGUUCGUAACAAAUAUCUGCUGCAAAUUUUACAUGCGGCUAUAUCUUCCACCAUCUCUGGAAGAUGUAUACCUAAGUGUUCACUGUGGUUCAUAGAAAAUUGUGGCAACGGACUGCAAAAAAAAUAGUCACUUAAAAUACAAUUGUGUUUUAAAGCGGGAAGUUGAAAGUAUGAAUCUGUUUUUCGGUACACAUCUACAUACAUCAUUGUAAUAUCCAAAGAGUGACAGAGUUGACAAAUCGGUUUACAAAAUUUUUAACUGGUGCACCCGUAUUGGGCAUCGUGCUCAAUAUCUUUUUUCGGUGCUCUAAAAUGAAAAGUCGAGUAAACGUCACAUAAACAUCAAGUAGUAGUACUUCAAGACGCUUUAAAAAUACGAUGCGACAUUGUAUGUAUAAAAAUUUUUUCUUGCGUUGCCGAAUUAUCCUGAUCGUGUAUAUAUAUGUAUAUAUGUACAUGUAUAUAUGUACAUGUACAUAUAAUAUAUACAUAUAUAUAUGUAUAUAUAUAUAUACACAUAUAGAAGGGUUAUCACAUACACACACACACACGUGUUAGACUGUGAGAAAUUAUAGUUAUCGUAUUAUUUAAUAUAUACCCCCUUCUCUAUAUAUGUCAUUAUACAUUUGUAGUUAUAACGAGCAUUGCCAAGCAUGCUAGAUACACUGCCGAAAUUUCUAUAAAUUAAUUUUAUUAUUGAUCACAAUUAUUAUUUAUUGUUUUUAUUGAGAUAUUUUAAUACUAUUACUAUUUGUAAAACAAGUAUAACGUUUUUUCUCUUUCAUUUCUACCUUCCCGCAUUUAACGGUUUUCUAGCGGUAUUUAUAGAAUAACGUUAUAAAUGAAGCGAUUGCUCUCUCCUUCUCUUUCUCUCUGAUUAUUAACAUAAUUAUCAUUAUUUCUUUUGGCUAAUAUGCGCGAAACAAAACAUGACUAUCGAAGUCUGAUAAAAUGAUAAUGAUUUGGAGAGUGUAGAAUCUAAGAAAUCAAAUUGUCAAUUAAAGGCAAAUGUGCGACUAUUGUUGCCUAUGACAUGCUACACAUAUCAACGAUAAAUCAAUUUUUCACUGAAAAUUAUAUCGAACAGGUAAUCUAGGUAAAUCACAAAUUAUAUAAUUACGACUCAAAAUCAAUGUAUAAAAUAUACACGUACAUAAAAGAUAUGUACAUAUAGAGAUGUCACUGACACUACGGAUGUUUUUCAAUACAGGUGCCAGCAUGCAUUUUGUACGCGAAUUUCUGAACUGAUAAAAAAAUAUGCGGGUUUUAUAACACGCGCAUAUGUGUGUAUAUGUAUUUAGAAAUAUAUAAAGAGACGUUAACAUUAUAAUCUUCCAACUACUCUUGAACUUGAAAUAACAUGAGGUAAAGAGCAUGUCGUCCUUCGUAUUAAUGCUGUUGAUGAUUUUAUUGAACGAAGCGUAUACUUAUAAUACGCAAGACAGUGAAGUGAUAUUGCUACCGAUAUGGGACUCAAAAAGUGCACUGGAGAUUCCUUUAACUUUUAAAGUAUUCGGGCAAUUGAUUCAGCUGAGCCUACGUAGAAACGACAAAAUUGUAUCGUCCGAGUUUCAAGUAUGGAAACAUAAUGUUAGAGGCGUCACGGAAGAGUUGUCGCAAUUAAAUGCCCCAGCUCCUUGCUAUUAUCUUCAUCAGGAUCAUAUUGGCUCUGCGGCCAUAAGUUUCUGCCAAGGACAUGGCUUGCACGGACUUGUCUUCCUGGAGAACGUCACGUUGGAGAUCACGCCGUUACGAAAGAGUAUCGAGUCUUCACCCUUACUCGACGAUGAUCUGUAUGUGAAGGAAGACGCCGACCUUCCUGGUGAACCUCAUGUGGUCAGACGAUCACCCAUCCGAACUCCGAAUCUCGAGAUUCCAAAGCGGACACGAGCUACAAAAGAACGGUUGACGUUAGAACUUUCUGUCUUCUUCGACGAAGCAGCAUAUCGUUUGUUCUCACCCUUCCUGGACGGAGACGAUGAGAAGAUUCGCGAUAUGUUGUUAGCGUACGUGAACGGCAUCCAAGCUUUGUAUCAUCAUCCGAGCCUCGGUGUCUCAAUCGACAUCUCGUUGAUACGUCUGGACGUUAUGGAGAGGCAACCGCUGGACCUGCCGCACUUUGGCGGCGAGAGAGGCAGCCUGUUGAAUUCGUUUUGCUAUUACGCAAACGCUCGUAAUCCCACGGAAGAUACCCACCCGCGCCAUUGGGACAUGGGUCUCUACGUGACCGGGUUGGAUCUUUACGCGCUCGAGAACGGGAGAAGAAACGGCGCCACCAUGGGAUUAGCCACCGUCGGUGGUCUAUGCAUUCCGCUUUAUUCCUGCGUGAUAGCGGAAUUGGGAGUCACGGAUCAGCUCGGGAAACCGUAUCCCUCCGCGGGCUUCACCUCGAUUUUUAUCGCCGCUCACGAAAUCGGCCACAAUCUAGGAAUGCAUCACGACUCGAGCGGCAACGCGUGUACGAAGGACGGAUACAUAAUGUCUCCCAGUAGGGGUGUUCGAGGUGAGACGGUUUGGUCAGGUUGCAGCCGCGAGAUAGCCGAGACUCUCCCACGGACGAAGCCUUGUCUCCUAGAUUGGCCCGAGCCAGGAAACACCUCGGAUGCGGCUGCAUAUGACCAUUAUUCGCGUUAUCGCGACCUACCCGGAAGAGAAUGGACCGCCAAAAGACAAUGCGAAUUGCUCUUACGCGACAAGGAUGCGGACGUCGUCACGUUGUUUCAGUCUUGUCAAUCCCUGCGAUGCGAGACACCUCACAGAAGCGGAUAUUACUUCGCGGGACCGGCGUUGGAUGGAACUCGCUGCGGACCCGAUAGCGAAUGUCGUGGCGGAGAAUGCGUGCAGGUUCUCGAUCAGCCGUCUGACAGCAAAAGAGGCAGUUGGAGCGAGUGGAAGGAAGGUUCCUGCAGUAGUGGUUGCUUGCAACAGUCCAGAGGCGCUCGAAUUAGACGACGAUUUUGCGAAGAUCGGGGUCAUAGAAGAGAGGCGACGAGCUGCAAAGGGUCGCAUUACGAUGUGCUCCUUUGUAACGACGAUAAACUUUGCGGAAAGAAACGCAGAACGAUCAGCGAGUUCGCCACGUUGAAGUGCGCCCUUUUCAGCGAGAAGCUGCCGGAAUUGGAUGGUGCGGCGAAGGGAUUGCAGGCAGAUCACGAAGCUGAUAGACCAUGGAUGGCCUGCGCGAUAUUUUGCCGACGAAGGGACAUCGCUGCUUAUUACGCGCCGCGCGUGGAGUUAAACGAUCUCGGCCUCGAUCCGUAUCUACCCGAUGGAACGUGGUGCCACGUCGAGGAGGGCCGGGAUUAUUUCUGUCGUCAGCAUCACUGUCUGCCGGAGAACUUUCUAUUCGAGAAAAAAUCGCCGAGCAAGGAUUAUCGGUACGAGGAGGAAUUGGGGCCGCAAAAUGCAGGGAAUCGUCUCGGAUCGGUUAACCGACUCGUCAAGUAUCUAACGUCAGGCCCAGAUGGUUUGCCGUUAUUGACUUCCGUGUCACGCAACGUUACCUCCCCGUCCGACGAAGAUGAGUGGAUUGACAAAGAUUAUAUCGAAUUACCCGCAUUCGAAGCGAGCUUUUCCAUCGCUUAUUAAUAACGGCGAAAGAAAAAAGGAAAAAUGAAUCAGUAGUUCUUAGUCAGUAUUUCGACACGCUUCCGGGGAGGGGAAUAAACGCAGAAUGAUCGUGUUCUCUCGUUCCAUAUGAGAAAGCGCCUCGAGAGAUAGCACGGGAGCGAUGACGUCAUCCCCUUCCCCCUACCUUGCCGUCUAUUUUAAGAGUGUCCCGAGUAUUAUAUUCGUAUUUAUAUAGAAGCAGGACGGGGAGACUUGGUAGAUAGAACGAUCGUCUGAUAAUCGGUAGGUCUUGAGUUCAAUCUCGACUCGUGUCACCCCACAUAAGGUAAUGGAUACAUUUAAGUAGGAUUAAAAAUAUCUGUGAGAAGGCAGACCCGCUGUUUUAUUAUACAAAGUAUGCAAGAUGAAAAAGCGUGGUACUGCAUCUUAAAAGAAUGGAAAGGCUCUUUUUCUAGGAGCGAGAAGCAGGAGAAUUAAAGGCAAAAAAUAUACGUAUAUAACUCUUAUAAUUUAAUAAUUUUCAUAUUAUUUAGCGUACAAAUAAUUAAUAAACUGUUAAACUUAGGAGCACGUUAUAUAACGGGACGAUCGGUUAAACGAUCGGACUUAUUAUAAUUCGUCUUAAUGCUUAAUAUAAACAAGAGUUUUCCUCUAUUAGACAAAAUGUACGUACGAAAAAAAAAAGAAACAAUGUAUGUACAAGACCCAUUGCGCAAUAUUCACAAAC